GCUGGACGGCUCAAUGCGCUUGGAGGGCCAAGGAGGGGCACUUGGACGUGGGCAUUGUCUUCCGGUGAUUGCGUCUUGUCCGAGUCUCUGUGCUAUUGGUGGCCUGUGACGAUUUGACUCCGGUUGAACCGGAUCAUUGCCAGCUGAGCAAAAGGAUAUCUCUCAACUGGCUCACGCUGUGAGCUGAGCGGCGUGGUCUUGCAAGCUCCGGUUUCCCUUUGCUGCCUUGCUCGUGCGGCAUGGGCUUGGUGGCCAGUACCGCUGCGCCCGAAGGUGCGGGCGUGCGCACCCUGGCCACGCAGGAUGCCACCGGUAUCUGGACCAUCCUCCGCUCCGUAAGCCACGAUCCUGAAGAGGACAUCACGAUCUUUGAGCACACCUCGACGGCUGAUCCGGACCCCGUCCUGAGCUUGGUCAAAAACAGUGCAAACUGGUUGCGCAAACUGCGCCAUCCCUGCCUUCUUAAAUACGAGUGGGAACAAGGCACCACUGCGCAACGCCGCCUAGGCAUUGUCACCGAGCCCGUCGUGCCCUGGGCUAGCCUCGACUGCCGGCUCACGCCUCACGAGGCGCUGGUGCUGUGCCACACACUUGUUCGAGCCUUGACCUUUCUGACCGAGGUAGCCUUGUUCAUCACGCCCGCCGCAAUGCUCGUCGCCCUCACCCGUUUGCUUCACGCUCAUGAUCCUGACUCGACGCGUGCUCACGUGCUUUGCACCCCCCUACCAACCCAGUGUGGCUUGUACCACAACAAUAUCUGUUUGCGCAGCGUUUUUGUCCACGCUUCCACGGGCCAGUUCAAGUUGGGAGGGUUUGAGUUUACUGCUGAGCAGUCCCAACCACCUCUUGAGUCGGAUCUACGCGAGCUCGCUGCGCGUGCCCCGGCGGAUUGUCAGUGCCCAGACGUUUGGGCCCUCAAUGCGUUGCUGGAUGUUCUGCCGCUGACCGCCCCCCUGCCCCGUGCUCUGCUCGCACUGGUGCGCCAGCUCGUACAGGCCAACACCCUCCAGGUUCGCGCUCACCUGUGUCCGCCGUACAACAUCGCCAAUCGUCGCGCUGUGCCACUGCGCCCCGUUGGAGAAUGCAACGGAACCAGAAACCUCGCGCUUAUGAUGGACUUGAUCCCUCUCGUUAUGGGCCAAUCGCACCCCAUCGCCGGUUGCUUUUCUGCCGACCUGCCUGCUGCUUGCGCAGCUCACCGCAGCGCUCGCGGGCAUCUCGGCGGCAGUAAGCUGCAUAGCCACACCUCACCUUGGUCCUGCCCACCGAUGGUACUACAAACACUCAGAAUCUACUCGGCACCCCUCAGUGAGGGCUUGCUGGAGAGUAAUGACGUCGUGAGUCGGACCCUGCUACUUGAGGCUUACUACCUGGCCGCCCCGGCCAUGAGUUUGAAGGCCUUGGAACGCUGCCUUCACCUGAUUCAACAAGGUGAGGACCUGAUCCCGACCAUGGGCUCAGACUGUGCUCUUCUAUUCCGUAGUGCGAUGCCAUCUCAUCCCCACAAACGGACGCUUUGGCCAGGUUUUGUGGCCGACGACGACAGUGUUAUGGCGUCAUCGUACAUGGCCAUGGGCGCGGCAAUCAAGAGGCUGGGCGGCGACGUGCUACACGCACACCGCAUGCCCGUGGUGGCUGCGUUCAACCCGCCACGACCUGCCGACGAAGAUUCGGACGCGGGCCGCUUCCAAGACGGCUCGUCUGUGCGCCCACCGACCAAGGCAGUAACAGCAAGCCCUGGGCAGAGUGUCUAUGCAGAUGACCCGGUGCCCAUGGAGGACACGCCCGCCAGUCCCGCAAGUGGUGCGGAUAGCCCGACAAAGACUCGAACGAUGGGCGCUAUCAGCUCGGGCAGGCCGGCUAAGACAAAGGCCGAACGAGAUGCUGAGCGUGAGGCCCGGCGCAAGGCUCGUGAGGAACGCCGGGAAGCUGCCAAACAAAAAGGCUCCCGCUCGAAACUCGGGGCCAAAAAGGCAAGCGGGGAGGAUCCCACCACAAGCCCGGUCUCUGGUCUUGAAUCACAAAAGGCCCCUGUUGACAACUCUGCGACUAUGGAGCCCGGCUGGGGUAGCGGCAACGAGGAAGACGUGGAUGCUGACUGGGGCAACCUGAACGAGGGGGACGCCAAUGACGAUUGGAUCAACCAGAGCGAGGACGUCGCAGGUGCAGGUGAACCCAAGACUAGCGGGUCGCCACAACUGGCUGGGGACUGGGGCGAUGAAGACGCGGCCGUUGAUUGGGGGCCGUUGGAGGAGGACGAGGAUGUGGAGGAGAAAGAGCAGGAGAGCUCCGAUGCAACUACCAAGUCCAAGGAGCAGGAGAGUGCCAACAUGAAGGUCGCCGCCGUUGUGGAGACAAAUGACUGGGCCAAUGAAGACGACGGCUGGGGCGCCGAAGAUGAUGAUUGGGGUGCCCUCGAAGAUGAGAUGUCAGCCAAGGAACAUUCUUCGCCCGUGCCCCAACCCGACGUCAGCAGGCAUCAAAGCACCAGUCCUGGGGAAAGGAUGGAUGAUGAUCGAGCUGGCUCAGGCCGCGAGGGUAAGGCGGGCAAAAAUCAGAGCGCCAUGGCCAGCCCCGUUUCUGGGGCUCGGACCAAGAUUCGUGAUGCCCAGUCUUCGGAUCGGCAAACGGUACCGGUCCGGUCAUCAUCCAUUACGUCAAAGAUGGAUGGCAACACGUCACCACCAUCAUCAUCACCGUCAUCGCCCCCGAAAAAGCAAUCGGAACGGCCUAUGAAGAAGGGCAUGAAAUUAGCGGGGCGAGCCAAACGCCAGGUGCUGCCUAGUGAUGAUAGCCAGAGCUCCACGCAAACCCGUGCCACAAGUUCUGAGGGGCAAGCACCCACUGUGACGCCAGCGACGAAACCACCCGCGGCAGCAGAGCCCGUGGUACCCAAGGUUGUGUCAGAUGACCCAUUUGCAGAGCUGGCGCCCAAGCUCGAGCCUCAGCCCACCUCUCCGGCCCCGGCGCUGAGCGCCCCUGCCACCAUGCGAUUUGCAGCGGCCGAUCCUUCGCCUGAAGAUGAUGGUGGUGACGGCUGGGGGGAGGCGGACGGUGAUGGCUGGGGCGACGCUGGAGAUGAAGAUCUGGAUCUCGAUCUCUAG